AUACUUUGGGGAUCUUUCUUAUAAUUUCUCUCCUCGCACCAUGUACCUCUCAACCUACGGACAAACAAACAAAAACACGAGCUUCUCUUUAACGUACGUUCAUACGGAUGGCUGCCGCGAAGAGGUGCAUGGAUUUUGUUUUAGCCCUCGAUCAUGAACCAUGCAUUCGAUCAAUGUGCAAUGGAAUUCAAAUUCCUUGUCCGGGGUGAUUCAUGUUUGCUUGUAACUUGAAAUAUAGGUUUUACGAGCUUGUAGCUGAAUCUGUCAUUUGUCAUUCAAAGUAGAUUUGGGAGGUGAAUUUUACCAACCAUGGGAAAGAAUUUGAGAGACAAAAACCCUAACAAUUCAUCAGGGAAUGAGCAUUCACCAGGGUGCGUUUGGGGAUUACUUCACAUGAUGAAGUAUCACCACUGGCAUUAUGUCAAGAAAAGACUUGUGCACAAGAGGCAUCGCGGCAAUAAACAUGCUGUUGGAGUUGGGAUUCCGGGAAGCUGUACUGGAAAUGCCUGUAUGCCAGAAGACACUGAUGCUAAGAGUGACAAAUCUAACGGUGAAGAAAGGACGAGGCAGUCCAUUCCAGCAGGCAUACAUUCCGUCAAGGCCCGAAUAAAAGCACGGAUUGCUGGAGAAAUGUCAAAGAAGGGUAGACAUAACCGGGCUUCAAGCUGUCCUGUACGAUCACAAUUGAAGCGAACAGAAUCCAUGCAUCGUUUGGAACCACCACCUAACCUGUACCCGAUUGCUGAAAUGGUAUUGAAUGAGAAUAGUCCUAGAAUUGUUCACCACGGCAAUGAAAAAUCCUGUGCUACAAGCAAUACAAGCAAUCUGGCAUCACUGUCCGCGACAACAUAUGAACGACCAAUUAGUGGCAAUAAUGAUUGUUGUGGAGAUAGUUGCCCGCUAAUCACUAGAGAUCGUACCGUGCAUGACAAGGUUAAUGAGAAUAAAAAAGAUCACACAUUUAUAGAAGAAAAGAUGGAUGAUGACAGAAUGCAAGAUAUGUUCGAGAAGAAGUUGAUACAUGUAAAAGAACUCGAUGCAGAUGCUUCCCUACACCAUCCAAAGGAGUAUUUGGAGGCGUUGGAUAUAAUCAAUGUGAACAAGGAGUUAUUAGUAAAGAUUUUACAUGAUCCCGGCUCUCCUUUAGCUGCGCACUUCCAUAAUCAGCAAGCCGUCAGUGCAAAAAUGGGUUUAACUAAGUCAGAGUCAUUCCCUGUCAAGCUCAGGCACAAGCAUGAAUUGACAGGGUCUCCUUUAAUAGAGGAAAGCAAGUCGAAAAACAGUAUUAAAACAAAGAAAUUAGCAGGGUCAUCUUCUUUGAAAUAUGCUGGUGAACGCUCAAUUCCAUCGAUCAUUGAGCACAAUGCAGAUGGGAUUCAAAAGCUAAACCAAACAAUUGCCGAUAGUUCUGCUUCUGGUACUUCCGAAAGUUUGAGGAACCAAGGUGAGAAUCGCAUGGCAAUUAAACGGUUCAAGGAUCUGAGACAAAAAAUAAAGCAUGUAAUCAAGGAGAGCAGACAAGAGAGACAUAUGAUUGCCAUGGAUGCCAUCCUUCACAAGGUUCCUCAUGGCCAAAAGCUUACUAAAGAAAUGGAGCAAGAGAUCAUUAACCAUUCGAAGGACCCUGCAAUGAACAGAGAAGGUAAAGACAGUCCAGCAAGCAGUUAUGAUAGCGAUCAUUCGGUUUCUACCAUCAAGAAAAAGCAACAGCACCACAUAAGAAGAGCGUCAUCACUCAAUGCAUCGCUAGAUAAGUACUGUGAGUUGUACGAGACUAGUUGCAACAGAGAAGCCAAAUGCCAAACAACAUCCGAGAGAUUGAAGUUGAGAAAUGAAAGAGUAGGCUCACCAUUACGUUAUGUUCCAAAAACGCUGGGGAGGAUUUUUUCGUUACCUGAAAUUAAAUCAUAUAAUUAUCAGAACGAGGAAUCUUCUGAUGUGUUUUCUUCUGGAGCUCCAAUUAGGGCUGUUGUGGAUGGAAAUGCAAGCAGAAGAAGUAGCUUUGAUGAACAAAAUAGUGUACACCAUAGUAUAGGUUCAGAAAAUCAUACGGAGCUAGAUGCGCCUGUAGAAAGUGAGAUUAAAAAUUUGGCUGGCGGUGGUGAAUUCAAGGCAGUUUCCAGAGAUAAGGUGGCAUCAACAUCAAUUGUAAACAGGGAGAAAAGUGCUCCAGUGGAUUCAAUUGUUAACGAUAUUGAAAGCUUGACAGAACCAUUUCCAAUCUCUGUGCCCGAGUUCAACGUUUCCCUCUCUGAAGGAGCAGAAAUGGAAAUAAAACCUCAAGAUGGAAUAGAAAGCUUGGCCAAGCUAGAGCAUGAUUCGCCUAAUGAUACACCUAAGCCGGUUCACAUGGAUACGGAGAAGAUAGGAAGUCCAAUGAAGCACUUGAGGUACGACAUGACUCAGGUCCGCAUUGAUGAAAGAGACUUGGCCGAUUUCAAUUAUGUGCGAGAUGUGUUGGAGCAAUCCAGAUUCAGUGGAAAUGAGUCCCUCGGGACAUGGCAUUUGGAUGAGCAGCCUGUUGAUCCUUUGAUGUAUGGUGACACUGAGGGCUGCUUGGUGCAUGAUCCUGAUUGUUCAGGAAACGAAGAAGGCGGGAAAUGUGAUCACUAUCUUCUGUUUGAUCUGAUCAAUGAGGUGCUGAUGGAGAUAUAUGGGAGAUCAUACAACUACUGUCCGGUGGCGUUGUCUUCCUUAUGUCACAUUCCUCUAAUGCCGGCAGGGCACCAUGUUUUGAAGGAAGUUUGGGCCCUUGUGAGUUGGAACUUGAGCUUGAGACCUGAGGUUGAUCAAUCACUGGAUUAUGCUCUGAGUCGAGACCUGGAGAAGAGCGACGGAUGGAUGAACCUCCAGUUUGAUUCUGAGUGCAUAGGGAUUGAGCUGGAGGACUUAAUUUUUGAUGAACUUUUAGAGGAAGUUCUCUGUGUUUGAGCUUGUGGAUGGAUCUGCCAACAGUUAUCCGAUAUGUUGCCGAAUUAUACAGGAUGAUAUAUGUUCUAAACUACUGUAAAUCUGCAGGGAGGGGGCAAUCCGAUCUUGGGUGCAGAUAAUCGAUCGCUUGGCUCUAGAUAACUGGCCUAACCCACAUCUGUUGCCAUGAGUAGUAAUUAAAGGGUAUGUAAAUAUGUUGUAAAUAUUAGGAAUCCUUUGUUAGGAAGGAUAUAUGUGUGUCCUUUAUUGCUUAUUGUUUCCUUAUAGAAUAAGAAUUGUAUCUUGUAUAUAUAUUUCAGUUAUACAAUACAAUGAAAAUUAAGCCGUAAAA